AUGGCCCUUUGCAUCGACGGCGUCCUGCUCAAAGCCAGGAACUUCGAAGGAAACGGACUCUGGUACUUGGAAGCCGAUACUUUUUUUGAGAAGCUUAAUAGACUUGGAAAGGGUCGCGACAGAUUGAACUGUAGAGUGACAGAAGGAAGUAAUUCUCAUAUAUUGGAUGAGAGCUUCAACACAUUAUCUGAUGGGAUGGAUGGGAAGUUGAAGAAGGCAGCCACAUAUUUUCAGUUCGAUGAGGAUGAAAUAACAAAAGAUGAUUAUAAGUUUAGACCAGAUAUGAAUUUUAAAGAGGGAAUGACUGAUGAAAUCAAGGAUCUUGAUCUUAGAAAGCCAGGAGUAUGGAAACCUGCCAAAAGGCCUGAGUUUCAAGUUACUACUGAGGAAGUUCUAAGAAAAGCUGAUAUUAGGAAUGUCAGAUUCCUUGCAAACUUCAUUACAGAGGUUGGAAUUAUUAUCAAGAGAAUCGAAACUGGUGUUAGUUCCAAGGCCCACAUCAGGAAGGUUGCUAGGCAGAUCAAAACAGCUCGAGCUUUUGGU